AUGACAUAUGCGGGUCAAAACCAAAUGGAAGCCAGCUCACCGAAGAAUCUACUGAAGAUGAAGGCAAAAACCAGGAUAGGUACCUGGAACAUCAGAACCUUGUAUGAGAGCAGCAAAUCAGCUCAAGUUCCAAGCGAAAUGAGGAGAUAUAAUAUCACACUCCUUGGUUUAAGCAAAUCAUGAUGGAACGGAAGUGGCCAAACCAGACUGACUUCAGGGGAGACCAUCAUCUACUCUGGCCAUAAAGACCUGGGCCAUGACCACACCCAAGGAGUAGCGCUGAUGAUGACACCAGAGGCCACAAAGGCAUUGAUGGCGUGGGAACCAGUACCCUCACGACUCAUGUCAGCGAGAUUCAACUCCAGAGGAAGGAAGUGCACAAUCAUUCAAUGCUACACACCAACCAACGUGGCCGAGGAACAGGAAAAAGAAAACUUCUACAGUUCCUUACAAUCUUUGAUUGAUCGCACACUGAAGAGAGACCUGAAGAUCAUCAUGGGAGACCUAAAUGCAAAGGUGGGGGAGGACAAUGCAGGCAAAGAGUUCAUAAUGGGAAGACAUGGCAUUGGCAUCUGUAAUGAAAAUGGGGAGCUGUUCACAGACCUUUGUUCCUUCAAUGACCUAGUCAUCGGUGGCACGAUUUGUCCACACAAGAAAAUCCACAAGACCACCUGGAUCUCACCAGAUGGAAAAACAGAGAAGCAGAUUGACCACAUCACAGUUUCUCGCAAGUGGAGAAGUCUGCUGGAUAUCAGGGUGAAACAUGGAGCAGACGUAGCAUCAAACCACCAGCUACUAGUGGCUACAAUGAGAGUCAAAAUGAGAUCAUUCCACACCACAACAGACAGACCACACCAUAAGUUCAAUGUCCAGUUUCUAAGGAAAAUCAGGAAAAAAGAAGAAUUCAACUGCAAAGUCAAGAGUAACCUUGAGACAGUAGCAGGAUUAAAUGAAACACCUGUUGAAACUCACUGGACGGAACUCAGGAACACCUGGAUGACCAUGUGCGCAGAAGUUUUGGGCAAGAAGGGGCGAGAAUUUAAAGUGUGGCUGACACCAGAGACAUGGGAAAAGAUAGAACAGAGGAAAAGUUGA